UUACAGCGGCAAAUAAAUGUGAACAUUUGUCCAUCAGCUAGAAUUCUGACCCUCAAAGACUUGUUAGUCCGCCUUUAAAAAUCCACCCGUGUGAUGUCAUUAGCUGCAUAAAGGCACCCUUCCACCCCAUAUAAUCAGUAAGACUCAAACUUUUAACAUGGCCAAGAACAAAGAGCUGUCCAAAGACACCAGAGACAAAAUUGUACAACUCCACACGUCUGGAAAGGCCUACGGAGAAAUUGCCAACCAGCUUGGUGAAAAAAGGUCCACUACUGGAGCAAUCAUUAGAAAAACGAAGAAGCUAAACAUGACGGUCAAUCUCAAUUGGAGCGGAGCCCCAUGCAAGAUAUCACCUCAUGGGGUCUCAAUGAUCCUUAAAAAGGUGAGGAAUCAGCCCAGGACUACACGACAGGACUUGGUCAAUGACCUGAAGAGCUUGGACCACCGUUUCCAAGCUGUCUCCAAAGGGAUUUCAGAGAAUUUGGCAGUACGUCCAGGCCGACCAAAUGGAGCCACACCAGCCCUGGACCUCCACAUGCAGUGGAUUUACCUCCGAGAUGAUCAUAGUUCGACGAGCAUCUUUGAGCUAAAAACACCCACAAGCUGCCUGCCACCCACCAACCCAAAGAAGCGUGGAGCCCCAUGGAAGAUAUCAACUCGUGGGGUCUUAAUGAUCCUUAGAAAGGUGAGGAAUCAGCCCAGGACUACACAACAGGAUUUGGCACAGAAGGUUCGCCUGUUUAAACCAGCACAUGUCAAGGCCCGUCUUAAGUUUGCCAAUGACCAUUUGGAUGAUACAGAGGAGUCAUGGGAGAAAGUUUUGUGGUCAGAUGAGACCAAAAAGGAACUUUUUGGUCAUAAUUCCAUUAACCUUGUUUGGAGGAAGACGAAUGAUGAGUUACAUCCCAAGAACACCAUCCCGACUGUGAAGCACGGGGGUGGUAGCAUCAUGCUUUAGGAGUGUUUUUCUGCACAUGGGACAGGACGACUACACUGUAUUAACGAGUGGAUGACCGCGGCCAUGUAUUGUGAGAUUUUGGGGAACAACCUCUUUCCCUCAGUCAGAGCAUUGAAGAUGGGUCGUGGCUGGAUCUUUCAACAUGGCAAUGACCCGAAGCACACAGCCAGGAAAACCAAGGAGUGGCUCCGAGCGUAAGAAGCAUAUCAAAGUUCUGGCGUGGGCUAGCCAACUGGCUAAGACCAGACCAGACUUAAACCCAAUAGAAAAUCUUUGGAGGGAACUGAAACUCAAUGUUUCUCAGUGACAGCCCAGAAACCUGUCUGAUCUAGAGAAGAUAUGUGUGGAGGAGUGUGCCAAAAUCCCUCCUGCAGUGUGUGCAAACCUGGCGAACAACUUCAGAAAAUGUUUGACCUCUGUAAUUGCAAACAAAGGCUGCUGUACCAAAUAUUAACAUUGGUUUUCUCGGGUGUUCAAAUAAUUAUAUGCAGCUGUAUCACACAAAUAAAUUGUUGAAAAAAUAAUCAUACAUUGUGAUUUCUG